AUGAAUCAACUUACCGAAGAAAAUAUUCAGAGUAUGAAGUGCAGUCAGAAGGGCACGAAUAUGAAAAACAAAAGUAAAAAGGCCAAAGAUCCUGAAAAUCCUGAUGAAAUAAGUAUAUCUAAUCAAGAGAAUUUAAGCGACUCUUUAGCCAAUACUCUUCAUAUAAAUAACAUCAAUAGAAACCUAACCAAUGGGACUAGUGAUCAUCCAAAUGGAAGCCCCGAGAGUCAGAAGCACGAAUCGGAGAACCAAGAUGAUGUUCCGAUUGAAGUCAAUGAAGACGUGAAUGAUGUAAAUAGUAUACAGUGUAGUGAUGCAACAUGUAAACGAGAAAGCAUAGAUGCGCCUGCCCAAAUAGAAGACAGGUGUAUUUUUGAUGAUGCGUUAGGAAACCUCGAAAAAGUCAGUAAAGAGGAGCAGCCUGAAGACGAAAUUGAAAUUAUUUCAUACGAAUCUGAGCUUCAAAUGCCAGAGAUAAUGAGACUUAUACAAAAAGAUUUGUCAGAACCCUACUCCAUCUAUACAUAUAGAUAUUUUAUACACAACUGGCCUAAGCUUUGCUUCUUGGCAACUCACGAAGGGAAGUGCAUUGGUGCCAUCGUUUGUAAGUUAGAUAUGCAUCGUAAUGUAGUUAAAAGAGGCUACAUUGCUAUGUUAGCCGUUGAUGAAAAAUACAGGAAGAGGAAGAUUGGGUCUAGACUGGUUCGAAAAGCAAUACAGGCAAUGAUAAAGGACAAUGCGGAUGAAGUAGUUUUAGAAACUGAAAUCACAAAUAAACCAGCACUGAAGCUGUAUGAGAAUCUCGGUUUUGUCCGGGACAAACGCUUAUUUCGAUAUUAUCUUAAUGGUGUAGAUGCAUUACGGUUGAAGUUAUGGCUUAGGUGA